AUGAAGAAAAUCAGUCUUAAAACCUUCCGGAAGUCUUUCAAUUUGACUAAAAGUAAAGAAGAAGCAGAUUUCAUGGUAGUGCAACAGCCCUCACUAGCUGGUGAUUUUGGGAAAGAAGAUUCCUUGUUCGGUAGCUGUUAUGGGAAGGACAUGGCCAGCUGCGACAUCAACGGUGAAGAUGACAAGGGGGCCAAAAACAGAUCCAAAAGCGAAAGCCUCAUGGGCACGUUAAAAAGACGGCUUUCGGCCAAGCAGAAGCAGAAGGGCAAGGGCAGCGCCCCCUCCGGGAGCUCUGCUGACGAGGACACCUUCUCCUCCUCCUCAGCACCCAUGGUCUUUAAAGAUGUGAGAGCUCAAAGGCCCAUCCGGUCCACGUCCCUCCGCAGCCAUCACUACAGCCCUACGCCAUGGCCUCUGCGGCCCACAAACUCUGAGGAGACAUGUAUCAAGAUGGAGGUGAGAGUCAAGGCCUUGGUGCACUCUUCCAGUCCAAGCCCAGCCCGCAACGGGGUUCGCAAGGACUUCCGUGACCUUCAGUCGGACUCGGUGUGCCAGGAACAGAACAGUUCCCUGAAGAGCUCAGAGUCUCCCAACGGAGACCUGCACCUUCACCUUGAUGAGCAUGUGCCUGUCGUUAUCGGACUUAUGCCUCAGGACUACAUUCAGUAUACUGUGCCUUUAGAGGAGGGGAUGUACCCUCUGGAAGGACCCCGCGGCUAUUGUCUGGACGGGUCUUCUCCCAUGGAAGUCUCUGCGGUCCCUCCUCCGGGGGGAGGGAGCUCCUUCCCCGAAGACGAGAAUCAGGUUGACCAGGAGCUCGUGGUGGCCCCCGAGAUCUUUGUGGAUCAGUCGGUGAAUGGCCUGUUGAUCGGCACCACGGGGGUCAUGCUGCAGAGCCCCAGAGCAAGUCACGACGAUGCCCCUCCGCUCUCACCGUUGCUACCUCCAAUGCAGACGAAUCCGAUCCAAAGGAACUUCAGCGGGAUCACCGGCGCAGACGCCCACGUGGCAGAGAGUAUGCGCUGUCAUUUGAACUUCGAUCCUAACUCUGCCCCUGGGGUUGCCAGAGUUUACGACUCAGUGCAGAGUAGUGGGCCCAUGGUUGUGACAAGCCUUACGGAGGAGCUGAAAAAACUUGCAAAACAAGGAUGGUACUGGGGACCGAUCACUCGCUGGGAGGCAGAAGGGAAGUUAGCCAAUGUGCCCGAUGGCUCUUUCCUUGUUCGGGAUAGUUCUGACGACCGUUACCUUUUAAGCUUGAGCUUCCGCUCCCAUGGCAAAACACUUCACACUAGAAUCGAACACUCAAAUGGUAGGUUUAGUUUUUAUGAGCAGCCAGAUGUGGAAGGACAUACGUCAAUAGUUGAUCUAAUCGAGCAUUCAAUCAGGGACUCUGAAAAUGGAGCUUUCUGCUAUUCUAGGUCUCGGUUGCCCGGGUCUGCAACUUACCCCGUCAGACUGACCAAUCCGGUGUCCCGGUUCAUGCAGUUUCUGGGAGGUGCAAGGACCUGA